AUGUCUAGUAAAGAAUAUGAAGAUAUUUGUUCUAGUUAUUUAAUUGAUAAAGCAAAGGAAUCUUCCCAAAAUUUAACUAUCGGAAAUUCAUUAUCAACGUUAGAUGAUGUUGAUAAAGGAAGUAAUGAAUCGGAAGACUCUUUCAAUGUUUUAACUAUUGAACCUUCAAAAUCAACAUUCAACAAUGAAACUGACUCUGAAGUUCAACUUUCAAAAGGAAAUACAAGAUCAGCAGCAAAAGAAAAGGAUAAAGAAACAUCUUAUAUAAAUCAAGAUGAUGUAAAUCAUGCCAAAGCAGCUGGUUUUGGAAUUAGAUUAGAAACAACCAAAUACGGGGAUCAAAGUCUAAGGAAAAAACAAGAAAGGAAAUCAUAUUCUAAGGUCACAGGAUGUAUGGCAAUGAUUGGUUUUGACAGAAAUGCUGCAACAAAUAAAAUCACCGUAUAUGCAUUUGAAGACGCACAUAACCAUCCACUUACUGAAUUUAAUGAAGAAAACAUCUGCUCUCCAAAUCAUCGUCUUAGUAUUUUUUAUCAAGAACUAAUUGUUAAAGCUUCAACUAUCAAUAUUGGUGCCACAAAAGCACACAAGUUAAGAGCAUCAUUAAAGGGAGGAUAUGAUAAUUUGCCAGCAACAAAGAAUGAUUUCAAAAACUUUUGGAGAGAUUAUACAAAUAUUGUUGGACCAAAUGAUGCUCAAUGUGUUGUAGACCAGUUGAUAAUUCGCAGAGAUAAUUAUCAAAAUUUCAAUUUUCAAUAUAAGUUGGAUGAUGAUGUGCUAAAUGCUAUGUUUUGGGUUGAUGAAACAGGAAGAGAAAACUACUCUAAGUUUUCUGAUGUUAUAUCAAUGGAUGCUACUUAUAGAACAAACAGGUACAAUAUGAUAUUUGUUCCUUUCACUGCAAUAAACAAUCAUGACAAGACAAUCAACGUUGGAGCAGGACUAAUAUCUGAUGAAACUAUUGAAUCAUACUCUUGGUUAUUAGAAGCUUUUUUGUCAUCACAUAAGAAGAAACCAACAAUGAUUCUGUCAGACAUGGAUGCAGCAUUAUCUUGUUCAAUAUCAAAGGUGUUUCAAGGAUGUACUCACAGAUUAUGUAUGUGGCACAUAAUGUCAAAAAUGCCAUCAAAGAUUGAAGCUGACUUAGUUUCAAAUUCAGAUUUCAAGAAACGCAUAAAUCAACUAGUUUGGAAUAUGAAUAUCAAACCAUCAGAAUUUGAGAACAAAUGGGAUUUGAUGUUGAAUGAGUUUCAUUUGAAGGAAAAUAAAUGGUUGGCUGAUAUGUUCAACAAGAGAGAUAAAUGGAUUCCAUCCUAUUUCAGAGAUAUACCAAUGUGUGGACUUAUGAAGACUACAUCAAGAUCUAAACGUUAUGAACAAAAAAGAUUAGACAUUGCAUCAAGAGAUACUUCUCCACAACUGCUAUUUACAAAUGAAAAUUUGAAAAUAGAAAAGCAUGCAUCAUUGUGUUUUCAAAAAAAUUCGGUUUUGAUUGAUGGUCGUCAACAAUGCACAAUUAUCUACAAAGAACUAAAAUCAGGCAAGCGACCAGAAUUCAAGGUUUCUUUUGAUGCAAAAGAUGAAACAAUUGAAUGUGAAUGUUUGCAUUUCACAUUUUUUGGAAUCCUUUGUAGUCAUGCUUUCAGAAUUCUUAUAGAUUAUGACAUUCCCAUGAUACCUGAAAAAUACAUUCUGGAUAGAUGGAGAAAGAACAUAGUGGAUAUUGGUUUUCAAAAGAUAAACCAAAAAUGGAGAGUGUGCAGUACAGAAAUUUCAAAUCUCUUGCAGGAUGCAACUUCUUUUUUUGAGAAAUGCGUUGAAUCGGUUAUUCAUGACAAAGAAAAACUACAAGAAUUGGUGAACUCUCUUCAACAAUUAAGUGAAACUUGUGGAAAGGAUGUUUCUACAAGAUCAACUUCAAUUCCAAUAAAAGAUGUGAUUGCAAAUAUCAUCGGAGUUCCAAUUUCAAGUGAUGUGAAAAUCAAAGUACCAAGUGAGAUAAAAACAAAAUCACUUAAACCAAAACGCAAAUGCAAAGGAUGCAACCAAUUAGUCAACCAUGAUGUAAGAAAUUGCCCAUUAAAUCCUUCAAAUGUGCUUAGGCCUUUCAAAAAACAUCAAUAA